UUCAAUAGCCACCCAACCCCCGCGUUCCGGGUCUCACAGUUCCCCCCACUAUAGUAGCCACGACAAGGGAAUAUUUACUAUAAAACUACACCACAUUCCCGAAACCGGGACAGUACAGUGUUCAGCCCGUAGUGUCGGCGUAGUGCCUCUGUCGCCCCCUGGUGUCGCUGACUGACAGCGCCAGUGGCCGGGGCGGCGUUCGCGUGAAGCCCCCGCUUUCUUGCCCAUUUUAGUCGAUGCUUGUCAGCUAGCUGGAAUGCGCGGCUCACACUGAGCAGCCCAGGCACUCACCGAUUUACAUUUAUAGCUCUGAAAUCCUGGACCAGAACUUUUUUUCUUAUUAUAACAACAUCUGUCUUGUGAUUUUCAAGGAGAGUAAUUUUAUUUUCUACCUAUGAACGGUGGUGGCAGCAGCAGCAACAACACAAGAACAGCAGCAAGAGAACAGCAACAACAUCAACAACAAAAGUGAUCAACCCAAGGCAAGUACACAGCAAGACGAUGACCCCCCUGGACGCGACUACAUCAUUCGACAUGCUGGUGCCGCGUAUUCAACAUGCCGUACAUGAUCUGGGCUUGGAGGAAAAUGGCACUUCUUGCAAGGCCUGGGAGGAGACCCACCACCUGGUGUUCCACCUGGCCAAUGCAUGCCUGGCCCUGGGCAUUGCCAUCCCUACCACACUCAGCGUGCACAUGAUCCUUUUAAGGAUAUUGCUGAUAACCGGAUGCUCCCUCUUCAUCGCCUGGGCAACGCUGCAUAGGUGCGCUCUGGACAUUAUGUUGUGGAAUGUGGUGUUCCUCAUCAUCAACACAUUGCACCUCUUGUAUCUGCUGUACAAAAGGAGACCGAUCAAAAUCGAUCGGGAACUGCAGUCAGUGUACAGGAGGAUGUUUGAGCCCCUGCAUGUGCGGGAAGACCUGUUCCAGAAGCUAACUGGCCAGUUCUGCACCAUCCAGACCCUGAAGAAGGGCCAGGCGUACGCCACAGAGGACAAGACCUCUGUGGACGACCGGCUCAGCAUCCUGCUGAAGGGGAAAAUGAAGGUGUCAUACAGAGGACAUUUCCUGCACAAUAUCUACACCAAUGCCUUCAUCGAUUCUCCAGAGUUCAGGUCCACCCAGAUGAGCAGGGGUGAGAAGUUUCAGGUGACCAUCACUGCAGACGAAAACUGCAAAUUCCUGUGCUGGUCCCGAGAGAGGCUCACAUACUUCUUGGAGUCUGAUUCUUUCCUGAAUGAGAUAUUCCGCUACCUCAUUGGCAAAGACAUCACCAACAAACUGUACUCCCUCAACGACCCUACGCUGAGUGACAAGGCGGUGAAAAAGAUGGAGCGCCAUCCCAGCCUGUGCUCUCAGCUCUCCAUGAUGCAGAUGAGGAACAGCAUGGCCAGCACCAGUGAAAAUGAAGACGUACUCAACCAGUUCCUGCGUAGCAGCUCAGCCGGCUCCUCUUUCCAAAAGUCCCCGGUCACUAAAGCCUCCCCGAAGAUGAAACCCAUUGCAGAAGCCAUGGAGGAUGACGUCUUCGAGUCAGGCUCCCCGAUCAAAAAGCGGUCUGCCCCUAAGAUGUCUACUGAGGACCUGGACAAGGUCUAGGGUCAAGCUUUAUGACCUGAGUGUUGUGUUUUUCACCAUGCAUAAUUCUUCAGCCCCUCCCCCCUACCAAAUUAACCAUAUCAUCCCCCCACCUUCCAUGUUUGAAAUAGAGGGUGUGCACUGAUGUCACUUUUCCACCAGAACACGCCCCCUCAGACCGACUGAGUGGCCAGACAUUCUGCAACAUGCUCAAGGAAACUGCAAAACAAACAAUUAUCUGCUUAAAUUAAAGGCAGUCAGACUCGACAGGGAUCCGUAUCACUUACAAAGGACCAGUGGAUCAUGGACACUGAUAUAUGGCCAGGAACAACAUAUUUUAAGAGAAGUUUUCUAGGUGACUGUCUAAACUUGCUCUGUGGAGUAGCCCUCAAAGGCAAAUCUGGGUUUGUCUUGGCUAGAUAAGCUAUUUAACAAUCCCCCACAUUGUCUGCAGAACACAUCGUCUUGAUGUUUUUUUUAAAUAAAUGCUGACAAAAAAUUUACAGUUAGAACAUAAAUGAAUGAUGCUAAAUAUUUCAUUGAUCAGUAGUCAAUACAGCAUAUAACUUAAGGUACGAAUUUACCAAAAAAACCCAACAUAACUAACACGAAAUGACAACCACAAAUUCACGUUUUGGAGUCUGGAUUCUAGUUGUUUAUGCAGAUUGCAGCGAUCCAGUUGCUUCUUUUCUUGUUAAAUCAAUUUGUACCAUCAAUCGCAUGACAGCUCUUUCCCAUUUUUCACGACAUCCAAACUGAACACUAAUGGUGCCGCUCAGUCUAUUUGAUACUCAGUGAGUGUAACCACAGUGACCUCCACUAAUAGUGAUGUCAUAUGCAAACCCUCUAUAAGACUGAUUGAAAAUUGGGCUUACAUUUUUCAGCGAAAUGGAAUCACAUUCUUUUAGUUGAUAAUAUUUGGUCUGCACCGAGAGUCUUAGUUUGCACCCUUUCGGCCGAUAGAGACUCUCUCAGGUGUCAAGGCUUAACGUACUAUGAAGAUGGAAGAACACACUAUGAAGGAAAAUUGAGAGUGAAUGACAAAGGAGCAAAAGGUGUCACAUAUCAUAUUGACACAAAAAAUGUAAAGCUAGCUUAAUUUUUUCAUGGGUCUUUAUAGUCACCCCCCGCAAAUGUAAAUGUAGCCCUUCCUGUUUUCCUGUGGACGGCCAUCUUUUGUGAUCUGAAGGCUGCAUGCAGCAUUGUAGCAUUCAGAAAUGCUCCACUGAAGUGAUUGCAGCUGAAGGUGAAUGUGAAGAACUGCUGAAAACCUUCUUCAGCCCUUUUAUCAUGACUGCUACUCCUGUUUUCUUUCUUGCAAUUUUUAUGAACAUAACACAGCCUUGAUGGCUCUAAAUAAUCAAUGUGGUGCCUCAAAGAAAAUUGUAGUAGGUGAGUCUCAAUUGAAUUGACCUUUUUCAUAAUAGUCAGUCUACCCCACUGUGGCCAAUCUGUCCUUCAGCUGAACUUUUUGUUCAAAGGCAAGCACAAAUAAGUAAACAUAAAGAAUUCUGGCAGAUGAUUCUUCUGAGAAAAUGGGUUUGUGUCAAAUUUUAUUAUUUUGACAUAAAUUGAUAUCUUAGAAUUAGUUUCAAACCUAGGUGUUUGCAUUGCAGAUGAAAGAAUGAUUUCCUGUCCUUGCCCCAUGUUCUCCUAGAAUGGUGUUUCCCAAUCCAGUCAAGGACCCACAGGCGGUCCACAUUUUUGCUCCCUCCAGAGGACUGUCUGGCCGGGAGCUGAGAGGGAGCAAAAACAUGGACCGUCUGUGGGUCUCAAAAGACCGGGUUAGGAAACACUAACCUAGAGUAAACGUUAAAUAGCUUGAAAAAUGGAUUAAGUUUGGCAAAUGGCAUCUUCAUGAAACAUGACACUUUCUGCCCACAGUAUCCAUAGUUUUUCCCAGAUUAAGAACGAUUAUGUUGUGCUGUAUACACUUAUUUGUAUUUUAUGUACCCCAUUACUACCGACACUUUGGUCACUAAAUUUGCACUGUUCACAAUUUUUUACCAAUGCACAAUGUUUUUUUUUUUUUUUUUUUGUAAAAAACAGUCAAAUGCUUGUUGAUUGUCCAACCUCUCUUAAUACCAUGUGGAAUUCCGUAAAGUAGUGGAUCUGAAGGGUGAUACUGGCUAUUUUAAUUAUAGGGUGUUCUAUUCUGAAGAACCUCUGCUUCAGAAUGAGAUAUUCCAUAUCCAAUCUCAAUAGUAACUUUCACAUAUAUAAAAUUCACAUAUUUAAUGUCUCACAAAAGACUGAGAAACUCAAUUGUCUAAACAAUCAAUUUCAAAUUUAAUGAUGCAAUUACCCAUGACUGAUUUGUGAAUUCUGUUUCUGCAUGAACAAAGAAUAAAAAGGAAUAAAACAUUUAUAGAGACUGUUUUGA